AUGCUGGAAUCAGGACAGGAGUUAGUGAUCCACUGUUCAUUCCUGUUGAGUUAUUACUAUCCGACUCGCCUGAUGGAGAAGAUGGCCCAGGACAUGGCGUUGAACCUGAGAGAAGAGGCGAUUGCAGCCGCGGACAUCGACUUAGAUGAGGAAGGCAGUUCUGAGGCGCAAAUAAGAGUGAGAGAGAAGCAGACUGAUGGAACACGACGAGCAGAGGUGGAGCGAACCCCUGUAGUGACAUUUGCGGAUUUACCAGCUGAAGCGCGUGUCCAACCCGACGCCGAGCCGAAGACCGAGAGUGACGAUGAACCAGCAGGCAUCGACGAGCAGUACGAACCCGAAGAAGAACCAGUGCGUGCAGUGGCAGACGGCAGGCGACAGCAGCCGAGUGACAGACAUCGAACGGAGCACGAGGAAGCAGACGGCAACAUCGCCAGCAGAACCCGCUCCAAGAUUCGACGGGCUCCCUACCGCGGAACGGAACGCGAGGACGCCGACGGACACGGGAAAGAAGUCUCCGGAGGCGCUGGAGCAAAAGAGACGGGAACAGUACCUGUGGGAUCGGAAGGUGAGAGUGGCCCUGAGGAUGGCAGAGGAGUUGCAAGCAAAAGCAGCGGCGACAGCCAACGUACCGGUGAGCCAAGGGCUCAAGAGGCCAGCGGAGGACAUGUACGGCGACGAGAGCAGCACGAGCUCGAGGAACUGGAACGAGAACUCCGACGAGUCGCCCACGAAGAGGAUGAAGAGCCGAGGAUCUAUGUCUUUGCCGGUAGAGGUCAUCGAGGAGUUGAUAGCCUCGUAUCUACACACUCACGACUUGCCAGAAUUGGGCCUAACGACACCGUGGUGGAGCGUAGAAGGCGAAGGUACCGAUGCCGUACAGGGCGUUACAUACUGGAAUUCGAAGUGGAACGUCUGGGAGAUCGACCUGACGACAGAAGACCCGAGCGACUGUGGAUCAACUUCCGAGACUUUGAACACCUGUGGCGCGACGGAAGACUACGGAGUGAGCAGAAUGAGUAUUGA